AUAUUUUUGGGAUUUCUCAGCCCUUUUUCCCUUCCCUCUGCAGGGCGGGAUGGAAUCCAUCGCUGGGAUUUGGCUCCUGCUGCUGCUGCCCAGUGCCACAGGAUUUCACCUCCCUCCCUUCACCGAGGUGAAAUUCCUGCAGGAACCUUCGGACGUCGUCGUCGCCCGCGGCUCCGACCUCAUCCUGGAAUGUUCCGUGGAGUCUGACGGAGAAAUUCUGGGAAUAUUCUGGAAAAAAGAGGGGAAAAUUUUGGAUUUGGAGGAGGACGAGAGGAGGAAGCAGCUGGGGAAUGGAUCCCUGUGGAUCCGGAACGUUCUGCACUCGCGGCAUCACCAACCCGACGAGGGGAGGAGGGGCUGGGGGCAGCCGCGAGGCCAAAGUCAGCCUGGCAGAAUCUUCCUCGAUUUUUUUUCUGGAAUUUUCCCCACAUUUCGGCUCUUCGGCUACACUGUACAUCAUGAGACAUUUUAAAGGUGGUGUUUUUGUUUUAUUGGACGGAGGAAUUUUGCGGGCCGAGGAGCCGGGCGUCCUUAGGAGAAUGGUG